ACGGAUAGCGAUGGCGGCGGCGCGACGCGAGCUCGGUGCGCAGUCGGUUCCGAACUUCGAGCGGCGCGCGCGCAAACACGCGUUUCAACUGUGAAAGGCCGCAUGACUCAUACCUAACUAAACCAGUAAUGAACGAGUACGCCGAAUACGAUUGGAAACUGCAUCAGAUGCAAAAUGAACGGCUUUGUGAAGUGACUAGAAAACGACUCACAGACGGUGACAGGCAACGGGCGCUUUUGGGCCUAAAAGAGGCGGUGGAUUCGAGCCUCAACCUCGCCCUACGAGACAAAAGCCGAUGUCAAGAUGACAAUUUUUUGAGGAGAUUUUUAUACGCGCGUAAACACGACGUACAACAGAGUUUCGAGCUUUUGGUUCGUUAUCAUCAAUAUCGGCGGGAACAUGACGAGCUGUGGGCUUCGGCAGACGGGGGCGUGUUACGAGCGCUCGCCGACGGGUUGCCGGGUGUGUUGGCACAACGGGAUAGACGCGGGCGCUGUGUGCUCCUCGUGUUCGCCUCGAACUGGUCUCCUCAAGCAUGCUCAUUAAUUUCAGUCUUUAGAGCUCUGCUUCUUACCAUUGAACGCACACUGGCGGAUAUCCAGAACCAAGCCAACGGAUACGUAAUUAUAGUGGAUUGGACCGAGUUCACCUUCAAACAAUCGUGCAGUUUACAAGCUAAGGUAUUGAAAAUGAUGAUUGACUGUUUACAAGAUUGUAUGCCGGUGCGGUUUAAAAGCAUUCACUUCAUCGGACAACCUUGGUAUGUUGAGACCGCUCUCGCCGUCAUAAAACCGUAUCUCAAAGCGAAGACACGGGAACGAAUAGUUUUACACGGUAACAAUUUGUCUACUCUCCAUGACGCUUUACCUCUUGAUAUCUUACCGGCCGAACUUGGAGGCGAAGGUCCGUCAUAUAAUUCAGAGCGUUGGCUCCAAGAGUUCUGUCGAAGUGAAAACAUUCCUACGACACUUACAACACCAGUGACAGCUAUAACAGUAGAGGACGACCUUCCAUCGGCGAAGUUAAACAAAGCCUAUAUACAAAAGGACAGUGCAAACUUUUCAUAUCAUGCUAAUGAGAAAAGUGCUAAAUCGGAGUUGCUACGUGAUAAAGAUUGACCUUAUCGGAAGCAGUGUCCGUGCAUAGUUAUAUAGACAGCUCCCUUCCUGGGCACGCCACCGGAAUAUCGAUACGUUUCGCGUGGUUCGGUAUGCAUCAUGUGAUAUCAAGUGUAAUUUAUUUAUGUAUAAUACUAGAAUGCGCCUCGUAAGAAAAAUGAAGUUUAAAAUAAAUUGGAUUAUCCGUUUGUAGUUUAACGGUAAAAUGCAUUUAUAUGGGCUCGGAUUAGGACGGUUUUUCUAGUUGGUUUAGUGAGAGUAACGAAUUCACAGCAGACAUCGCGGUCGGUUUGUCUUUGUUGUGUGGUGUAAGGGAUGAGUCAGAUGCAUUGAUCGGAUGAGUGGGUGUUGAUGAGACCGGAGCAUCCUCCACGUCCGGCUGGCAUCGAUGCGCCCGCACGUAACGGUGCACGCUCUCAUUUCGACGCGCAUCCGCUCACAACGAUCGUGAGCAAUUUAAUAAUUCCGUCCAUGUUUGAAUAAUAUUAAAUGUGAAAUUAUUACAUACGACCAAACCUUAUAUAUAUUUAUUAUAGAUCGAAUACAUAAAAACAUGCUUAUCUUAUUUUAAUUGUAUUAAAUGUAGUUGUCUAAUGAUGAACUGUUAUGAUGCAAAAUAUACGAAAGCUUCACAGUAAGCAUCAACUGUAAGAUGGUACCUAAAAUUUAUGCUCUGAUGGUUUUUCAUAUGUAAGUACGUACGUAAUAAGUUGUACUACUCGAUUUGUUUUUGAAAAAUUAUCCCAUAACGGGUUUAAUCAAUUGUAAUAUUAUUCGCAAACGUCUUACGAAAUUACCUUUCAAUCAAAUAAGCAAUGAAACUUGAAACAUUCAGUGUGACAUUUGCAAACAGACAAAACAUAAAACAAUACCAAAACAUCAGUUCCAUCUAGUAUUGUAAGAAUAAAAUGAUAAUUACUUUAGAAUAUUUCAUUUAAAUUAUUAUUUUAAACUUUAAAUAAUUACUCUUAGAUGCAUUAAUCAUGAGGCUUUCUGCGCAUUUACUAUCAAAUAGUCUGUUUAAAUGCAUAUUUACGGUUUUUUGCAUAUGCGUGCUUGCGAUAAAAAAAAAAACUAGUUAAGGAAUCUAGACUGCAUAAAGCUAAAACGUUGUCUCUCAAAUGCUAACUUAUAAUGCGAUAUAAUGUUUAUUUUUCACGUUUGUGAUCUCAUAUAAUAUUAAAGAACUCGCUGUUUGGUCGUGGUUUCAUCGUAUCAAUAUUGACAAGUGAAUUUAUCGUUUUCGUUCAUUCCAAACACAAUAUUUGUCUGAAUUCCCGAGCGUCUAGAUGUAGACUUUGAAAUAAAACUAAGAUAUUGUCAUUGAAACUGUUAAUAGUAUUGUACGUGUUAACAAAGAACGCAUGUAUACUUAAAAAUUUACAGCAUAAAAAUUAACUCCAAAGUGCUCCUUACUUUAUACUUAAAUAAACAAAUAAGACUUGUUUACAUAUGAGUCGUCUAUUAACAAAGGUGGCAAUCUGUGCAUUUGGACAAAAAAAAAAUUAUUGAUAUGUCAAUACAGAUUGAUUUGAAUAUAAUCGUCUCCUUCAAAGAAUACGGUUCAAAACCUGCAUUAAAUAAAAGUUAAUACUUAACCUGUUAUUUAUCUAAGAUGUCGUUCAGAAGAUUUUUGUGACUGCCAAUGUAAUACAAAGUCAAUAAUUCGUUUUUCUGAUUUACCAAUAAUUGCCCAAAAGUCACAUUGCCGGCUUUGAUAAUAGUCGACUCAUAUAUGACUAUGUUUUUGAGAAUAUCGUUUAAUCGCCAAUUUUCCUAAUGACUAAAACGUUUUUAUUGGGUUCUGGCUUUCUCAAUUAAAUCCAUUGAUCUAUAUCAUGGAAUGUGUAGAAUUUAUAUGAGCACAUUAUUGUGAAUGAAAUCCUAAAUUAAAUGAAGUAUGUGAAGAUUAUUCGAAAUACGUUUCAACAGUAUUUACAUAAUAAAAUAUUUAAAAAAUGCUUCAUUGCUUGUACUCCUCCUGCUCUCUCUUCUCUUCUUAUAUAAUUAGACUUUUUAUUUUAGGUUACACUGUUCAUUAAUAGAUAUUUUAAAAUGACAUUGAAUGUACCUUUAAAUUUAUAUUAAAAGUACGUAUUUUACGAUAUUUGGUCAAAGAUUUUUGUUUUGUUUACGUCCUAUAAAAAUAGUUAUCGAAUAAUACGACUGAAACAGUUCAACUGAUAUUAAAAAUUACAAUAAAGUAUUGAAUAAAAAACACAA